CGGCCGGGCGAGCGCUCGUGUGCGGUGUUAUGGUGCGGUGUGAGUGAGUGACAGACAAACGGACAUGAUGCUGGGCGGCAUGGACGGCAAGGAGUAUGGGGCGCUGCAUGCCGCGGCGGCUGCGGCCGGGUACACCAUGGAAGGUGAUCCGACCUCCGGGGCGAUGGGCAACCCAGGCGUGGGGGCCGGCAGCCAGCAGUACGGGGAGGUGAACCAGCUCGGGGGGGUGUUCGUCAACGGGAGACCCCUCCCAAACGCAGUCAGGUUGAGGAUCGUGGAGCUGGCGCAGUUAGGAAUAAGGCCUUGUGAUAUUAGCCGACAACUGAGGGUAUCCCAUGGCUGCGUGUCCAAGAUCCUGGCGAGGUACCACGAAACAGGCUCUAUCCUGCCCGGGGCCAUAGGCGGCUCCAAACCCAGGGUCACCACACCUAAGGUGGUAUCCUACAUAAAGCAGCUAAAAGCGAAAGACCCCGGGAUCUUCGCGUGGGAGAUCCGAGACCGGCUGCUAGCUGACGGGGUCUGCGACAAGUACAACGUGCCCUCCGUCUCCAGCAUCAGCAGGAUCCUGAGGAACAAGCUGGGCGGAGGAGCCUUGUACCCUGUACCACCCCUGUACCCUGUGCCGCCGCAGAGGUGCUGGCCGCUGCAUCAGCCGUAUGACUACUAUGUGUAUCUUCAGGGACGACAGCACGCAACAGGAAACCCUCACUCCUUACCUCAUCCCCACCAACAACCUCCUCCCCACCACACGCAUGCGCUCUGACAUCGCGCAUGCCGCACCAAUCACGAACGGUGAUGAUCGCAGAUCUACAUUUGAUGGAGUUCUACAAACUGCGCAAGCAGUAAAAGUAUUACACUUCAGUGAUGUUCACUGUAAACACAAUCAUCUAGUGAUAGUCACAAAAAUCACAAUAAUUUAGUGAACACAAUUAUACGAGAUUAUUUAGUGAUGGAAUCAGGAUGCGCAGUUAUUCCGUGAUUUUCGCAGUAUCAUAAAGUGAUAAUCACUAAGUGUAAAAUCAUGAAGGCAUUGUCGUCCGAAUUGUUAUAGAACACUAAUAGUGAAGUGAAAUGAAAACUGAACGUUUAGUGAGGUUUUUUCAAACCCAUACUCAGUUUCGCCAGUGAUGCAGAUUAUAGUAUUACUUGUUGUAAAUAAAUUCUGUAAGAUAAUAGAGAAAGUAUAGAUUUAACAUAAGGUUCUAAAGACUUGGUUUUGAUUUGACUGAAAUAAAGGAUAAUAAUUGUAUUUACAUAGCCAGCAUAUGUGGUUGAAUGGAUAUGGUGCCCGGUUAAAAUGAGUGAUGCGCAGAAAAAAAAAAGGUUCAAAUCCCACCUCGGCCAUGUACCAAUGAGUCUUUUUCAUAUGUUAUUAUUUAGUUUGAAUACUAACCGAUACUCUUACGGUGAAGGAAAUCAUCGUGAGGAAACUUGCACAUUUAGGUAACUGGAUGUGCAACCAUGGAUCCAAUACGGGUUAUGUUUACCUCCAAAGGUUGUCAGGUUUUUACACAAAGUGUGUAAAAACCUGACUCAUCCAAUCCAGGAUCCAUAGUCAAAGACAUACCCUGGGCUCCUCUCCAGAGAAGUGAGGAUGCAACCGGGACUAAAGCCAGGAGGAAAAAUGAAACAAAGCCACUGGUUACCUUUUUUACACGCGCCACAAUAUAAUAUAAAUAAUUAUUUCCAUGGGGGUCGAACCCACUACAACUGUUGCAACAAAAAAUAGAUCCCAGUGAGCAAUUAGGUAGUUAUAAAAAAAUAUUUCUUGUAUUUCAGUCAAACAAAGAAAUUAAUAUGAAGUAUAAUUAAUUUAAGAGGGUGCAAUGUUGUACAUAUUAUUAUAUUCCUUUUUAGAUUACCAGUAGGUAAGUACUUAAAUUAUAGCAUUAUAAUCUAUUGUAUGUAAGAGUUACAAGUCUGUAAAAAUAUUUAUAUGCCUGCG